CCAAGAUGUCUUGCCAAAUCAGAGCGGUUGCUCUGGUCUUUUUUAUCCUUGCGGUUAUAUCCUUUUCGUCUGCGAGUCUUCGUCAUCGCGAACUAACUUCUGAUAUACAAACCUCCGCCGGUAAAUUCAGCUCCCGGAUUGUUGGAGGAGCAGAGUCUGAUGUCCUGGCGGCACCCUACCUAGUUUCGAUCCAAAAUGGCUAUGGUAACCACUUUUGUGGCGGCGUCAUCAUUGCCGAUCAGUGGGUGGUCACCGCGGCCAGUUGUUUGGCUGGACUCCGAAAGAGCAAUGUGAAUGUGGUCACCACCACGUACAACAACUGGGGAUCGGCUGGCUGGAUUUAUUCCGUGGAGGAGAUCAUUAUGCACUGCAACUUUGACCAGCCACUUUACCACAAUGACAUCGCCUUGAUCAAGACUCAUACUCUGUUCGAUUACGAUGACGUCACGCAGAAUAUCACCAUUGCUCCGCUGGAAGAUUUGGUGGAGGGUGAAACGCUGACCAUGUAUGGAUAUGGCGCAACGGAAACCGGCGGCGACUUCUCCUGGGAGCUGCGUCAACUGGACUUGACCUACGUGCCAACGGAGAAGUGCAACUCCACCUACGGUGGCACCGGAGAUCUGGAUAUUGGCCAUCUCUGUGCCGUGGGAAGAGUGGGAGCUGGAGCCUGUCACGGGGAUGCCGGAGGACCUCUCGUCGAUAGUAAGGGUCGCCUGGUGGGCAUUGGCAAUUGGGGAGUCCCUUGCGGAUACGGAUUUCCCGACAUCUUUGCCCGAAUUAGUUUCUACUACAGCUGGAUCAUAUCAACGAUUAACGGCUGUUCCUUUUCUUAAUCAAUAAAGUUCUUUAAACUUU